AUGUCCUUUGCUGACCUAUUCCGUUCUGUAGCUCUUCGGCCGAGAUCAUCAACCAAGGGACCGCUGGAUGCGGAUGAGGCUCCCGUAGCAUCGUCUCCCAUCCAGUCCCAGGCCACGCGCUUCAGCAGCGCCCAGCAGGCUAGUCCGAGGCCAAGUCUCUCCCGGGGCCUCUCUCCGGCCCCCAGUUCUUCAGCACCGUCUAUCGCGCCGGUGACCUCCAAGGACUUUUCCUUUCUCCUCCGGCCCGAGAUCUACCACCAGCUCUCCCCCUUGUCCAUCCCCGCCCCCUUCCGCAACCCCUCCAGACAGCCCGCGCCCGAAACCCCCAUCCCGGAGCUCCUGAGCCACGGGCACUUCCGGGCCGCGGCCAUCGCCGCCGUCCAAGCGCUAACCAGCAGCCCCGUGUCGGCGCUCUCGGCGGCCGCGCACCCGCCGGUCGGCCCGACGGACCACGCGCGCAUCUUCGACCUGCUGUACACGCGGCUCGCGUGCCUGUGCCUGAUGGACGCGGCCUCGCUCGCCGCCCAGGAGUCCAAGGCCCUCGAGGACCUCAACUCCGCCUUCUACCUCGACCCCUUGUCCGGCGCCCACCUCGUCCCCUGGCACCUGCGCGUCCUCGGCGUGCGCCUCCAGGCCAUCGGCUUCGGCGACCCGCGCCGCGCCGUCAUGAGCUACUACGACCUCGCGCGCGAGGCCCGCGCCCAGGUCGCGAAGGCGGCGCAGGCGCACGACCACUCGACUUCCGAGGUGUGGAAGCGCAGGCUGGCAGAGCUCGGGGUGAAGGUCGCGGGCGCGCUGAUUGAGAUGGACGAUCUCGCGGGUGCGGCGGAGCACCUGGCUACGCUGAGAGAUGGGAAUCAGCAUUUUAAUGUGGGUGGUGGUAGUGGUGGUGGCAGUGAGGGUGAUGGACGGCUGGCUAUGAGCCGGGCUUUACUUUGGCUGCAUCUGGGGGAUGUGGAAGCAGCGCGGCUAUGUGUGAGGGAUGGAAAAGGCGGCGAAAUGGGAGAGCGCAUCGUGGACGCGCUAGCUGAUAUGGCAGAUGGCGAGUAUAAGAUGGCUCUGGAGAAAUGGAAAGCCUUGAAGGGCACGAUGGAGGAAAAUAACGUCCAUGACGAGAUGAUUGGGGUUAACCUGGCUGUGUGCCAGCUUUAUACGGGGAAUAUGACCGAGGCGAGAGACACCUUGGAGGCUCUAGUUGAUGGGGGUUCGACAUCGCACACGCUACUAUUCAAUCUGACUACGAUGUACGAACUCUGCACCGACAGACAUAAGAACCUGAAGCUUAGACUCGCGGAGCGGGUAGCUUCUAAGCAGCCUACGGCGUUAGGAUGGGAGAAGACGAACGCCGAUUUUAAACUGUAG